UGUCCUGUCAGGAGCGAUCUGGUUUUCUCAGACAGACUGAAACAUUUUAUCAAGAUCAGUCCUGCCUGCUACCGGAAUGUAACAUUUUGCAAAACAAUGGGGCUGUGGAGCACAAAGGAAGGAUACAUUUUCCACGCUGACUGAGCAUGGCUCGCCGGUCUCAAUGUUCCUCAGCUGGGGACAACCCUAUGGACCCCAACUACUUGCCUCCACACUACCGUGAGGAAUACCGCCUAGCUGUCGAUGCCCUGAUUGAGGGUGAUUUAGAGGGCUACUAUGGAUUUUUACACAAGGCCAAUGUAGUAGAGUUCUUAUCUCAGCCUGAGAUAGAAUACAUCAAAUGUACAGUGCAAGGGCCACAUUCAGUUGCCCAAUCAGACAGAAGUUAUGUAGCUGGUGAUGCAGAUGGUUCCUCAGACACUUACUGGCCAGUCCAUACAGACCUUGAUGCCCCAGCCCUAGACAUAGGAUGGCCACAGCAACACAGAUUUGUUGGGCCUACAGAAAUCAUGACAUUAGUUAACCCUGCUGACCCUGAGAUGCCAAGCAUUAAAGAGCAAGCUCGCAGAAUGAUCAAGAAUGCACAACAAGUGAUUGCUGUGGCGAUGGACAUGUUUACAGAUGUUGACAUCUUUGCCGAUAUCCUGAAUGCAGCAUUACGCAAUGUUGCAGUUUAUGUGCUUCUUGAUGAACUGAAUGCUCACCACUUUGUUGCAAUGGUUAACAACUUCAGGGUCAGUUUGGAUGAGAUUAAAUUCAUGCGAGUUAGAACUGUUUCUGGCAGCACAUACUUUUGCCACACAGGAAAGUUUUUCAAAGGCCAGAUGAUGAAUUGCUUCAUGCUAGUGGACUGUAGAGUAGUCCUGAGUGGCAACUACAGCUUUAUGUGGUCUUUUGAGAAGAUACAUCGCUGUAUAGCCCAUGUGUUUCUUGGACAGCUUGUGACUCCCUUUGAUAAGGAAUUUCGUAUUCUGUAUGCCCAGUCAGAGCCUCUGGUUGCUGAAAUUCCCAUGGCAUAUGUAGAAGACCAUGGCAACUUCUCUGAAAGACACUACAAUAUAGAAAACAAGCAUAUGUUUAAGAGAGAAUAUCCACCCAUUAAAAACAUCCACGCAGAAUGGCCUAGACAUUUAUUUGAAGACCAUAUGAAUGCAAAUGCCAAAAUAUUAUCCUUUAGGAGGGGUGAUUUAAUCCAGAGCACCACAGAGGAGAAUCUUCCUUUCAAAAUGCAUGGCAUGCAACAAUUUAGAGGAGAGCAGUCCUUGGACCACAGAAGACAUAUGAAAGGCCUUAACACAAAGGAAAUUAGUGAUUUCCAAAGGUUUGGGUACACAGGACUGCCUAGUUAUGCCUAUGUAUCUCCUCAGAAGAAUGCAAUGAACAGUGGGAAACAGCAAAUGGAAGAUACUGAGAUUCAGAGCACCCACUUGCCAAGGGAACAGUUUUGCAAUCAGAGGACAGGUCCAGAACCUAGCUAUGAAAAAUAUAGCAAGUCUAGAGACUACAGCUAUCAUCAGUUUACAGCGCCUGAUUGUCCUGAUGAGAUAGAUGACCCAUCAGGUGAUUAUAACCAUGUCCACAGAUAUUUACAGUCUUACCCUGAUGUAGAGAUAGAAACUACUGGGAAUUUGUCAGUUCCAGUUCAGUCAGUUUCGAGGAGACUCAGCAUGGGCCAAAGCAAUGCUUGCCAGAACCCUCCAAUACAGCCAAACCCACCAGAACAAAAGUGUUUUUUAAAUGUACACCACAAACAACAAGAACAGAAAGAAGGUUUACGAGACUGGAGGGUCAGCUCAUACCUCACUACACUUCAGCAUGGAGGACAGGACAACAUGACAGAUCUUCAAAGAACUGAUCCUUUUGUUAGUGUCCCUUAUGUCAUACAGGUAAAAUCCUGUGAACCCAAUAUUUCAGAAAUCAAACAAGGCAAGAGUGAGACUCCCAAAGUAUCCACUUCCAGGUUGGUGGUACCUGUCCCACCAAUGAACAAUGUAACUCUGCCUGAGAAUUCGGUUGACCUAGAACGUUUCAGGCCAACAACUUCAGAGUCAUCACGUACUACUGAAGGUGACAAAGUGGAGGAAAUUCAAAACAGAGAGCCUAAAGAAACUAGCUUGAUUCGUGAAGAGUUUUUCCGGAGGAAGCCCAAUCUACCACUACAGAGAAGCUCAAGAUUGAGGCACUCACUGAUUUUUAAUUCUAAUCUGGAACAAGAUACUUCAGAAGAGAUAAGAAAUUCAUUAAGUCAGAAAGAUGCAGAAAACCCACUGAAACAUUCCCAUUUUGUUUCUAAUAUUUUGGAGAAAAAGAUAGCUGUCACCAGAGAACCUUUCCACUGGAGUAAUCUUGCAAAGUCAAUUUGUGAGCCAUCUUCAGGUUCUACUAUAUAUGAAGAUAUACCCAGCAAAACAGAGCAGACUUCUGUAGGAGAUGAGACUACUCAUGUAAAGGAUACUCAUCAAAAAAUAACCCUGGGCCCUCAAAGCAAUCAACUCCAAGAUAACCUUGCAGAAAAUUCACAAAUAUCUCGGCUUCCAUUUACUGCUUUGCAGAGAUCAGUCUCCUUCAUAGACAUGGAUGAUCACCAAAGGAGAUCAAGGUACUUUAAGGAUUUAGCAACUAAACACAAAGAACAUGUACUUGUGGAACUGCCUAAGCUCACCAAAGAAAAAGACCCCAAAGAGUGUGAUAAGAAGUCCCUCUUUUGUAAUUUAGCUGAACAAAUAGAAUCUGAUUUAAAUCAUCCCCAAACCCCACAGUCAUUGAGGGAAACUCUAAUUACAACUCCACAAACAUUGCUUGUGGACACUUUGGAAAAUUCUGAGGACUCUAUCCCCAAACAUCCAGUCUUACAAACUCUUCCUGACAAACACCUGAAGCAUAAAUUAGCCCCUGAUCACACAAGUGUUCCCAAAUGUGACAAUUCUUCUAAAGUGAUUCCUGAUACUGCCACUGAUGCUGAGAAAAUUCAUCAUAAGAAAAAACUAACAGGAGGGUGUAAUUUAUCCUCAAAUGGAGUACAGGAGAAAAGAGCUGCAAACCUGGUAGUUGAGUUAGGUGCAAAACCCAAACUUACAAGCCUGUUAAUCUCUACUUCUUCACCAGAGUUUAUGUAUGCACAGAGUAAAUUACCCAAAAUGACUGAGUCAGUUGCUUCAGAUUUACCAUCAAUGACCAGCCUAAAUAAUUCAAAUCUCAAUUCAACAGAUUCCAUUUCCUCUCAUGUUAUCACAGGUGCAAACAUAUUCCCUAAACGUAACAUAAUGCAGACAAACACAUCUCUGUCAGAUUACUUAGACAGGCUUUCACCAGUAAAGGCUACUGCAACAAACACAAGCCUUUCCAUACAUCCUGCAGCAAAAGAAACAGUUUGCUUUAUACACAGCACUGCAACAGAGACAGGUUCUUCCAAAAAUGAUAUUCUGCCAAGAUUAGGCCAUUCCCAUUUUACUCCUGCAGAAAGUCAUAGUGGACACCCUAUUGUUACUUCAGCCAAUACAGAAACUCCUCAUCCUAGUGUAACAGAGACAGGCCCUUUCCAACAUUCAACUGUAGUAAACAAUGUUUCUCUUAUACAUAGCACUGUUACAGAGACAGAUUCUUCCAAACAUCCCACUCAAGCAGAGAAAGGCCCUUGUCAAGCUUCUGCUGCAGGCCCUGCUGAGCAUUCUACUACAACAGAGUCAGGCCCUUCUCAACAUUCUACUCCAACAUUCAUGGGUCAUUGUGAACAUCCUGCUGAUAUCUCUUCUGUACAUAAUACUGUAAUAGUUACAGAUCAACAUCCUGUUUCUACUUCAGCUCGGAAAAGCAUUCCUAAGCUUUCCAAUAUAAAAGAGGCAGUCUCUUCUAUACAAGCUAUCAUUACAGGUUUGGACCAACAUCCACCUCCUAUUAAUACAGAAACAGACAGCUCUCUGCCUCCUUCUGCAAUAGAAAUGGUCUCUUCUGUACCUACUACUGUAGCAGUUACAGAGCAACAUUCUAUUCAUACUUCACCAGAGGAAGAUACUCCUCAAAACUCCACUGUAUCAGAGAUGGACAUUUCUCUCAAAACUGCUGUAACAGUUGCAGACCACAACCCUACUCAUACAACUGCAGAGACAGACAGUCCUCAAUAUCCUACUGCAACAGAACUGGUCUCUUCUCUUCAUACAUCUGGAACAGUUAUAGAAGAGCAUCUCACUCAUCUCACUAUUACUCUGCCAGAGGCAGACAUUCCCCAACCUCACACUGCACCUGAGAGAGUCUGUUCUCUAAAUACUGAAGUUACAGACCAGCAUUGUACUCCUACUCCACCAGAGGAAAACAUUCCUCAACAUCUCAUGACAACAGACUCGUCUCUGUAUACUACUGUUAAAGACCAGCAUUAUGCUCAUACUUCUCCAGAGUCAAUUAGUCCUAGAACAGAGAUGAUCUCUUCUCUACAUACUUCUGUAGGAAUUACUGAACAGCAUCCUACUCCAGCUCCAACAGAGAGAGACACUCCUCAACAUCCCACUGCAACAGCGAUGGUUUCAUCUUUGUGUACUACUGUACCAGUUACAGACCAGCAUCUUACUCUUAUUCCACCAGAGAUUAUUAUUUCUCAAAAUGCCAGUGUUACAGAAUUAGUUUCUUCUACCAAUGCUACCAUACUAGUUACAGAACAGCAUCCUACUCCUACUCCAGGAGAGACAGACACUCCUCAAUAUCCUACUGCAACAGAACCAGUUUCUUCUUUGUAUACUAUUGUAACAGUUAUAGACCAGCAUUCUACUCUUAUUCCAACAAAGGCAGACACUCCUCAACCUCAAACUGCACCUGAGACAGUCUGUUCUCUAAAUACUGCAGUUAUAGACGAGCAUCCUGCUCUUGCUUCACCAGAGACAGACACCCCUCAACAUCCCACUGCAGCGGCAAUGGCCUCAUCUUUGUGUAAUACUGUAACAGUUACAGACAAAUGUCCUAUUUCUGCUCUAGUAGUGAUAGACACUCCUCAAAAUGUCACUGCAACAGACACGGUCUCUUCUUCACAAGUUACUGUAAUACCUACAGACCAACACUCUACUCCUACAGUUACAGAACGACAUAACACUCUUACUCCACCAGAGAUAGACACUCCCCAAGCUCACACUGCAACUGAGACAGUCUGUUCUCUACAUACUGAAGUUACAGACCAGUAUCUUACCCCGCCUCCACCACAGACAGACACUUCCCAACAUUUCACUGCAACAGAGUCAAACUCACUUCUGUAUAAUGCUAUAACAUUUACAGACCAGCAUCCUACUCUUAAUCCAGCAGAGUCAAUUAUGCCUGGAACAGAGACGAUCUCUUCUCUACAUACUUCUGCAGCAAUUACAGAACAGCAUCCUACUCCUGAUCCAUCAGAGACAGAUACUCCUCAGCAUCCCACUGCAGCAGCAUUGGUUUCAUGUCUGUGUACUACUGUAACAGUUAAAGACCAGCAUCUUACUCUUACUCCACCAGAGGCUAUUAUUCCUCAACAUGCCACUGUAAUAGAAAGAGACUCUUCUGCGCAUACGACCAUAACAGUUACAGAAAAGCAUGCCACUUCUGCUCCAGGACAGAAAGACACUCCUCAAUAUCUCCCUGCUACAGAGAUGGACUCUUCUCUGCAAACUACAGUAAGAGUUACAGACCAACAUCCUACUCAUACUCCACCAGGGACAAACACACUGCUACCUCCCCCUGUAUCAGCAAUGAUCUCUUCUGAACAAACUACCUUAACAGGUACAGAUCCACAUCCUACUCCUAAUCCAACAGAGAGAGACACUCAACAUCUCCAUACAACAGAGAUGGAUUCUUCUCAGAAAACUACAGUAACAGUUACAGAGCAGUAUUCUACUUUUACACCAGUACAGACAGACAUUCCUCAGUAUCCUAAGGCAACAGAACCAGUUUCUUCUCUGUAUAAUACUGUAACAGUUACAGACCAUCACCCUACUCUUUCAAUUGAAACAAAUACAGUCUCUUCUACUCAUAUUACUCUUACAGAUCAACAUACUACUCCUACUCCACCAGAGACAAACACUCCUCAACCUCCUCAACCAACAGUUAUAGAACAAACAUCCAAACAUUCUACUCCAGCAGUGACAGGCCUUCUCACAUAUUUUACUUCAGCACAGAUAGAUCUUGCUGAAUAUUCUGCUGCAGGAACUUCUCCAUGUACCACUGGAACAGAGACAGUCCCUUCCAUACAUUCUACUCCAGCAGAGACAGUCCUUUCAAAACAUCUUACUUCAACAGAGAUGGGUCAUGCUGAACAUCCUGCUGCACAAGAAACAGUCUCUUCUAUACAUAUCACUAAAACAAAGACAGGUCAUUGCCAACACCCUACUUCAAUAGAGGCAAGCCACCACCAUACUCCAACAGAGACAGGACCUUCCCAACACCAUGCUCCAAUAGAAACAGGUCCUUUCCAACACCCUACACCAACAGAGACAGGCCAUUCCCAAAAUCCUACUCCAAGAGAGACAGGCCAUUUCCAGUCUUCUGCUCCAGCAGAGACAUUUCAUACUGGACAUCCUGCUGUACACGUUCCUAUAACAGUUACAAAUCAACCUCCUACUUCAGCAGUGACAGAUAUUUCUCAGCAUUCCACUGCAAUAGACACCGUUUCUUCUGUAUAUACUGCUCUAAAGGUUACAGAAAAACCUUCUACACCUACAAUGCCAGAGACAGCCAUAUCUCAAUAUUCCACUGCAACAGAGACAUCCCCUUCUGUACAUACAAUUAUAACAGUUCGAGACCAACAUUACACUGCUUCUCCAGUAGAGACAGACACUCCUCAACAUCACACUGCAACAGAAACUGCUCCUUCCAAACAUUAUAGUCAUGUAGAGAUAGAAACUGCUCAACAUCCCACUGCAACAGCAAUACAAUCUUUCCAACAUUCCUUUGCAGCAGAUACAGGUCCUACCCAAAAUCCCACUUCAACAAUCUCCAUUACUAGCACAUCUGAAAAAGUAAAAAGUUCAUUUGGAGUACGAAGUCUAUCUCAAGUGGAAAGUGAAUCAUGUCUAAACAUGUCAGAAACCUUCUCAAUAACAAACACCACUGACAAAGAUAUAUCUCAAAAUGUCAGCCUGCUUGGCCCUACCUCAUCAACUGAACCUUCCCAAUGUAAUAUUUCUUCCAACUGUGCUCCCCCAGAAUGUAAUUCAUCUCCAUUUUCUAAGCAAAAAGAAGCUACUUCGGAGAAUAUUGAUGCCCAAACCAAGCAGAGUCCAUCUUUAAACGCUUCAGUGAUGGAUGGUCUAAGCCAUAAUUCAUCAGCAGUCUGUAAACCUGCAAGUAUAGUAAGAGAAAUUCAAAGAACUCAUGAAAUCACCCGGUCAGCCUGUCAUAUAUCAUCAAAACCUGAAAAAGAAUUAUGUUGUUCACAUUACCCUAAAACUGAAGAAAACAAAGAGGAGAACCAGAGAGCUCUCACAAAAAAGAAGAGAUCAGUUCAUUCUGGUAGGCAUGGAACUCCAAAAUUCACUAUAGAUGUGGACAACAGCAAGGUCUAUAAAGCAGAAGAAUUCCCAGCCCAAGUAGCAAAUGUUGGAUUUAGUAAUGCUGAGCAGUCUCAGGAACCACAAAUCUGUCUGACUCCAUGUACUGAUUUAGUGGUUCAACAACAACCUUCUGCUGGAAAAAAGUCUAUACUCUCAAGCUAUCAGUCCUCUACUGCAAAUGUUUUGUCAUGCAGUAACCUUAGGGAUGACACAAAGGUCCUUUUGGAGCAGAUAUCAGCAAAGAACCAUGGCAGAACAUCAAACCUAACUCAUGAGGCCAAUGGAAACAGAGAUAAACAGACUUCUGGUCAUCGCACCAAGACCUGGUCCUCCAAAGCUUCACCUGAGGAGCGGGAAAAGUUGCUCAAAAGGAUUGACAGCAUGCGAAAAGAAAGAAAGGUUUACAGCCGUUUUGAGGCAUAAUUUGGAAGCAUGUGAGAAGAGGAUGGACAAGAUGAAUUCUACCUUUAUAAAGAUUAUGCAGAUAAAAACUGUAAUAAUCAUACAGCAUCUUGGCCUUGUAAUGUUGGUCGUCAGAGUCUGUAAUAUUUGUGCUCCUUGGGGAUCUAGCACUUACAUAAUCAGACACUGUAGAUUAUUAAAUAAUUGCUCUAUCAGUAGAAUUACAUAAGGAGUCAAAGAAAUUGGAGAAGCCAUGAUUGCAAAAUUAGUAAAUGUAUUUUGCUCUGGAUGAAAAAUACUGAGGAAAUGGGAGGCAGUCUGAAAUAUUUAUUCUGUGCUAAAUAGUUUUAGAAUUGUAGCAAAUGUGUUGGGUCAUUCCACUUUUUAUUUGAGCACAUUUAUAAGCACAUAUAAACACUUAUAAGUGCAAAUGUUUCUUUAAUCAUAAAUACACAUAUGUACCAUGGGACAGAAAGGAUAAACGGGCGUUAAGCAGAGCAGGGUCACAACAUAUUGUAUAAUAUAAAGAUCUAUGCCAUACUUAUUUUACUCUUUAUGCAAUUCACGUUUUAAGGGCAAUGCUUUCAUUUAAUUCAUAUCUACAUAUGCAUUUGUUCACCACAUUCACAAAAUGGAGAAAGGAGUUUUUUAACAGUGUUAUUAUGUAAACAUGGUUCCAUGUAACAUUUAAACUCAAGAUAACUAAAUACUUAUUAACUAGUCAGUGAUUGACAUUUGUAAUUGUUUUAUAAAACUGUAAGAUAACACUUGUGUUUACAUCUGAGUAUAUAACACUUUAGUUCAUUAAAUAUUAAUCUUGAUCAAUGUGAAUUUUAUUCCUGAACUAUUAAACUUAUAAAGACAACUUUAACUUGUUAUUGGUUUUAAGCAUGUGUUCUAAAAGGUGUGCACUGCAUUUUAGCCAUAAGAAUACAUUCGGUUUAUAAGUGAGCCAAAUUCUGUAUGUUUGUGAUAGUCCAUGUGGCUUUCUUCAUGUUUUAUUUCUUCAUGUCUUGUUCCCUUUUGUGUUAAUAUACGAAGUGACAGUAUUCUGCAUAUCUCAUUUUUAACCAAUUCUGGGGCGCACAAUAGUAAUCUUAAAGGAACAAGCAUACCUUGCAUGCAUAUAUGUUUGUUUUUUUUAUGUGUAUUAAACUUAAACAGUAGAAACAUUACAAUUUUCUUAUUGUGUCUGUUCCUUGAAUAAAGAACAAAAAGGCCUUGUUGCUUAGAUAAUUUCCCAACUAAUCCCAGAUUCCCUGUUCCCCAUUUGAUCAUCUUAGAUCUAAAAUCUAAACAAAAUUAAGGCUGUUCUGUGUUCCAAAAUCUUAGAACAUUCAGUAUCACUGGCAUUGCAAAAAAGCCUAUUACAUGUUAAUAUACAUGUUAAUAUACUAUCAUCUGUUGACAUCACAAGCUUGCUCAGAAAGUGUAUGUAUUUGGAAAGUCUUUUUGUCAGUCUAAAAUAACAUCAAAGUACAGUCCUAUGACUUAAAUUACUAAUGCCUGGCAUGUCAUCCAAUAUCUGAUAUGACUUGAUUAGAUUUUUAUCAAUUUAUACAAAAAUGCAAUGUAUAAAAGCUCAGUGGAAUUCUUAGGUGCAGAGUUUAAGACCAUAUUGCAGUGUUUAUUACAAUACAGCUGUAACUGUCAGAGAAGUGGGAAAGGACACAAGACCUCCCAAUAAGUGUCACCUUCACCAAAGCUAAACAAACUAAAUCACUCUAAAGUAGUGUUGGCAACAAACUGAGAAAUCCACACCCUUACUCAGGCUCCUGUCAGAAAUUAAAUCUAAUUGGGGAAUCCCCAUUAUGGAUCCUGCUGAUGAUAGGAAUUUGUUUCCUUGGUUCCAGGGCAAAUAUUGUUUUUGCUAGGGCAACUUUGGGUCUGGCUAAACUCCAACAUUUGUGUUGAAUCAGUCAAAACAUCAGAACAACAACAGAGCAACAAACCAGGAUUCCCAGAUCCAGGAAAAAUCUAGAACCCAACCACUGGAAGCUGAAACAAGCCUAAACCUAAUUUGUGCAAUUACAAACAUUUAAGAAAUUUAAAUUGUAUAGACCACCAUUUUACUAUUGAUAUUUUAUAACACAUGAAAUAUGUUAUUUUAUUUAGAUUUGUAAUCUAUUUUUUUCUUCCCCUCUGCUCCUAACUCCUAGUGCAGUUCUUUGCAACAUCACACAAUGGGCCAGAUUCGUAAAACGUGACAGUAACCAUGCUAUGUGUGAGAUGGUAUUUAAUACCUACUUAUAAAGUUACUGUGGUAAUAAUUAUCGCACUUGUGUCAACUCACCACCACCGCCCUAGAAGAAAGACAAAAAAUCAUGAGUGCAUCCAUAUUAAAGAUCCACAGAGAUAGAUGACUGACUAAUCCCAGUCGUGAGACCACUGGUAUGCUGAAAAUCUUUCCGUCAAUAGCUGUGUCACGUCCGCAGACCAAAGCGUUCCCCGUUUCCAUGGCAACGUCUGGGUUUCCAUGUUUUCGUCUCCAUGGUUCCGUGUCUCCUCCCCUUUGUGUUCAGCUGUUCCGAGUUUGUCCCUGAUUGAAUUCUCAUGUAAACCCCGUUCCUGAGUCGUUUGUUUGUUUGGUCAUUAUUUGUUUCUGGUUAGCUCUCGUUUGUUCUCGCUGAUUGUGGUUCUGGUUAUUUCUUGUUUGUCUGUCUUUCGUUGUGUUUUUGGUAAGGUCCCGCGUUACAUCUAGCUCCUUGCCCCUCUGUCCCUUCUAUUCAGUUCCCUGCUUAGUUCCGUUUUGCGUAACAUCCAAGGAGCCGGCACUUCGCAAGUCAUUGCAUACAAGUCAUUUGUGCAAAAUGAUUUGUAUGCAUGACCAGUCAUACUUAAUGCAAGCAGAAACAAUGGUGGACAAUUUAACUUGUUUGAAGUUAAAGAUAAUAUUUGCAUGGGGUUUUCCAGGUGGAGAGCCCUAGUGAAGGAAAAAGGACUUCAGAGUGAUGUAGAACCUCUUCUAUUCUUUUUAUUUAUUUUUUUUGUUCAAUGGAUAAGUAAUUUGAAUAUGAUCUUCCUUAUUUCCCUCAGUGCAGCUUAUUUGCUUUGAUGUGACAGAUUCAUGACUUGUUGUGCACAACCAAAAUGUAAUGUUGCUUCUGUUUGCAAAUAUGUAAAUAUGCUGUCAUUGAUGUAAUGUCAUAUUUUGAUGCUAAUGUCAUUCCUAGAUCUUCAAGACUGUUUACUCAAUACACACUAAAUGGAAAUUAAAAUGCAGACUCUGGAAUUCAUUGACGAGAAUAGUUGGUCCUGUCUUUAUUCUGAGCUCCAUGUGGCUUUAUUAGUUUCUUCCUCUGUAAGUGUCUCCACAUGCUCUGUUUAUUUCCUGUUUUCCACAUUGCCACACUUCCCCUUGCUUGUGGUGUUCUCCGUUUCACUUCUGUCUUCGUCCAGUCCCUAUCAGUGCAUGUACAAAUACC